CCGACCCCAGUGCACAUAAUAGAAGAGGACGAGAGGGGGAGGAGGGAAGGCGGAGGAGACGCUCCAAUCUGCGCAUCUGUAGAGCAAGAGAGGAAGAGGAGAGAGGAUCUCGGCAGGAUGAGGACCACAACGGCAGGGAUUCACCAAUCGGCGCCGGGAGAGGAGACGCCAGUCGGGGCGAGGACCGAUGAACAAUGAGAGAGAGGCAUCGUCGUAGUCCAAACAUGGAGGCGUAGCACUCGCCUUUGUAUUAUUGUAGCUUUGCAGCGUCAGCAUCAUCAUCACCAUCAUUCGUCCCACCGACCUGAACGGGGAGGAAGAGGAGGAGGUGGUGGAGGAGGAGGAGGACAGGGAGGCAGAGAUGGUCUCCCAGGUUGCUCAGACCCUGCGUCAGGGAGUCUGGGCGUCCCUCACCGGGGGCUGGUACCACGACCCGGACCAGAAUAAAUUCAACAACUCGUGUCACCUCUAUCUGUGGAUCUUUCUGCUCAUGCUGCCCCUGUCUCUCCAUCUGGCCCUGCCUCCGACCACCAUGGCUCUGAGCAUCUACUGCACCUCCGUCACGGUUUUCUUCGCGCUCGUCAAGCUGGCCAACUACCGGAUGCACGUGCUGUUCGACGAGGGCGAGGCGAUGGUCCGCAGCAGCCUCUCUGACCUCAGCAAGGCCGCCGAGAAGAAGAGUAACGCCUCGGAUUCCUGCUUGCCUGCCAACAUCAGGAAGAGCAGUACGGUCCCAGACAGCGUUGCCAUGACGAUGCUGGCUUGCAAGCGUCCCAGUUCGGUGAUCCAGGUGACCGUGAAACAGACCGAAACCGACCCGGGCCUCAUUGGGGUGGAAUGUUCCAAAUCCGAUGAGGCGAAGGCGGGAGAAGAGGAGAAGCCCGUGGAGAGAGGCCUGCACCCGAAUCCAGAGCCUUCCUCCCAAGAUGACCUCCCCAGCUCCAAUCUUGACAAGGGUAUCCCUCUGCUGCGGGCUCAGCAGAGGCCACCAUCCCAACAAUUUGCCGAUGGGACUGCAAAGACAGAUGUGGAAAGAAUGGACAAUGAAGAACAACCUGAUGAAGAGAAAAAAGAGGAGACAGACACAAGUCAGAAAGACAAAGACGAGAAAGAGGAAGUAUUUGGAGGAAAAGCAGAUGAAGGUCUCCGUCCUACCACAGGAUGUGAAGAUGAUUGCGAGAAGAAGAGUGAGGGACAUAAAGAGCCCUCAGAUGCCAACAAUAACUCAGUGGAGACUCCCCUGGAUUGCUCUCCUGACUUCACUGACAUCCCAGAACCUACAGCUCAGGAUGAGCCAAGAGAGGAGACGUACUGCUCUGAUGAAAUAGAAGUGGUCCUCGUGGAUAACUCCGGCCCAGCACCUUCACCUCCUCACGUGGAGGACAGCGACACAGUCAAGAUCGUCAUCACCAUGAGCUGCGACCCUCAGACUGCCGCUCAGCUGGAGGAGAGCGUCAAGCAGAGCCUCCUGGAAAACACACAGGCCCAAAAGGAUGCAGGAGAAUGUCACAUCAAGAUCCCAGUCAUCACCUUCGACUCACACGAGGACGAGAAGCAGGAAGUGGAAGAAGACGCAGCAGCAACAGAACAACAAGCGUCCGUAACAGAAGACGACCCAACCUUGAGACAGACGGUGAACCAAAGUGAAGAGUUCUACUUAUGCAGAGACGCAAUCAACUCCGACUCAGCCACCUUGGAGUGUCCCGGUCCGGAUCAGGAGCAUGUGGGACUGAAGUUACCGGAUGAGGACACAGCUGGUCCACAGCAGGCCAAUGACAACAGCUCGUCUGGAAUCGAAGUCCACUCUCACCUAGAUGAUGCUACAUUGGAUACUCUGGUUUCCUGUGUGGAUCCGCAAGGUUUCCUGCGUCUUCCGCCUGCUUUGGGCCGUUGUGGGCCUGGAGGACGGAUGCACCUUCGCGGGCUGAGCAUGGACAGCGGGAAAGAUGCCAUGCUGCUCUCGGAUCGCUCCCAGAACACAUCAACCAUGACCACCUCCAAGUCAGACCUGGAGGCGAAGGAGGGCCAGAUUCCCAACGAAUCCAACUUCUUGGAGUUUGUUUCCAUGUUGGAGUCUCUCAGCAGCAGAGGGAGCGGAGCCAGCGCUAAGGAAGAGGAGGGGCCGGAGCUCAAAGAUGGUGCGGGAGCCUCGGUGGAGACGGAAAAACAUCAAAUGGAGAAUCAGAGUGCAGCUUCCAGAGCAGAUGAGCCCAAAGACACCAACACAGGCACAAAAGCAGAGCGACCCAAACCGCCCACUAGUCUGGCUCCUGACAUGCUGAGGUCUGUCCCGCCUACACACAUUCCCAUCGUCUCACCAGACAGCCCGCAGACGGACAGAGAAAAAGAUCCGGAUUAUGACUCUCUGCCUUCCCAAACGUCUCAGUCGGAAAGCUCCAUGCUGCAGGUCAUCUGUCGACCAGAGGCUACGAACAAGGAAGAGGCGUACACCUUCCACACUGUGCACCGAGAGAGGCCCCGGAAGUUGUACGCGGAGCGAGCCCUCAACUUGCCGCUGGGAGCCGAGCUGAUUACUGGCAACAUGUGUGACCUUCUGUCAACAUCUUCCAACUCGGAGUGCCAGGACAGCAUGGCGGGUGGUCAUGCCGACUGUCCUUUCCAGCGACGCAUUAUUCCUUCGCAUCGACUUAGGCCACGGAGGACGCACCCGGAGAUCUUCCAGGAGGAAGACUCGCUGGAUGACUCCUCGGAGACUUCCAUCCAGGAGAAACCCACCAGGAAGAUUUACUACAAGCUCAAACUGUUUCCCGGCAAAUGGGUCGACAUUUUGUAUGACAGACUCACCUUGUUGGCCCUUCUGGACAGGAAUCACGAUGUGGUGGAGAAUGUGGUCGCUAUUUUCAUGGCCUUCCUGGUUUCCUUCCUUGGCUUUGUGCUCCUCAAUGGCGGCUGCUUCAAAGACUUCUGGGUCUUUCAGUUCUGCCUGGUCAUCGCCAGCUGUCAGUAUUCCUUACUCAAGAGUGUUCAACCUGAUGCGGCUUCGCCAACACAUGGUCACAACCAGCUGGUGGCCUACAGCCGGGCGGCCUACUUCUGCAUCUUCUGUGCUCUCAUCUGGAUGCUGGAGCAUCUCCUGCAGAGGAAGGACCUCCCUGUCUCCACCUUGUACGGCGUCACCAUCGGCUGCCAUGAUGCCUUGCGCUUCUUGCAAAACCUGCUAGUGGGUUUCACUCACUGCUUCCCCAUCACUUUCCUGGUGGGCCUUUUCCCGCAAGUCAACACCUUCAGCAUCUACCUGCUGGAGCAGAUUGACAUACACUUUUUUGGUGGCACAGCGGCUACCAGUCUCAUCUCUGCAGUCUACAGCAUCCUACGCAGCCUGAUCGCUCUCUCUCUGCUUUAUGGCUUCUGCUUCGGUGCUCUCAAGGAGCCGUGGGAUGAGCAGCACACGCCAGCCUUGUUCUCUGGCUUCUGUGGCCUUCUGGUAGUCUUCUCCUAUCACCUCAGCCGGCAGAGCAGUGACCCCUCUGUCAUGCUGUCGCUGAUAAAGUCAAAAGUCAUGCCCACUUUGGCGGAAAGCGAGGACGAGGAGGGAGAAGAGGCAGACAUUGAAGACCCUCUGCCGAAGAAGCUGCAGAACUCAAUGAAAGAGAUUCUUCUGUCCGAUGCGAUCGUGUGCUCGCUGGCCUACAUUCUGACCUUUGCCAUCACCGCAAGCACCGUCUUCCUUUCGCUAAAGCCCUUUGUGACCAUCGUGCUGUACGCGCUGGCCGGGACGGUGGGCUUCGUCACACACUACCUGAUCCCCCAGCUGAGGAAGCAUCACCCUUGGCUGUGGAUCUCACACCCGGUGCUCAAGACCAAAGAGUACCACCAGUUUGAACCCAGAGAGGACGCAGUGCUGAUGUGGUUCGAGCGUCUCUACGUGGGCCUCCUGUGCUUUGAGAAGUAUGUGGUGUACCCCGCCAUCAUACUGAGCGCGCUCACCAACCACGGCUUCACUCUCAGUCACCGCAAAAGGCUGGGAAUCCACUGCGAUGUCCUCCUGACCACGGUCGCCGGGAUGAAACUGCUGCGCUCGUCCUUCUGCGACCCAAGCUUCCAGUUCCUCACUUUGCUCUUCACGCUGUUUUUUUUCCACUUUGACUGCCCGCGGGCCUCCGAGAGCUUCCUGCUGGACUUCUUUGUGAUGUCCAUCCUCUUCCACAAGAUGCGUGAGCUGCUGCUGAAGCUUCACUUCAUCCUGGUCUACAUCGCCCCCUGGCAGAUUGCCUGGGGCAGCGCCUUCCACGCCUUCGCCCAACCCUUCGCCGUGCCUCACUCGGCCAUGCUGCUGCUCCAGACUCUGAUCACCACCGUCUUCUACACGCCUCUGGCUCCCUUCCUGGGCAGCGCCAUCUUUAUUUCCUCCUAUCCACGACCCAUCAAGUUCUGGGAGAGAAAUUACAACACAAAGCGUAUCGACAACUCCAACAGCCGCCUGGUGUCUCAAGUGGAUAAGGAGACGGGGUGCGAUGACAACAACCUCAACUCCAUCUUCUACGAGUACCUGACUCGCUCGCUGCAGCACUCGCUCUGCGGCGACCUCAUGCUGGGCCGCUGGGGCAACUACAGCGCCGGAGACUGCUUCAUCCUAGCCUCGGACUACCUCAACGCCCUGGUGCACCUCAUUGAGAUCGGCAACGGACUUGUCACCUUCCAGCUGAGAGGGCUGGAGUUCAGAGGGACGUACUGCCAGCAGCGAGAGGUGGAGGCCAUCACAGAGGGCGUGGAGGAAGACGACGCCUGUUGCUGCUGCGAGCCUGGACACUUGCCCCACAUGCUGUCGUGCAACGCCGCCUUCAACCUGCGCUGGCUGGCGUGGGAGGUUACGGCCACCAAGUACCUGCUGGAGGGCUACAGCAUCAGCGAGAACAACGCCGCCACCAUGCUGCAGGUCUACGAUCUUCGGAAGCUGCUCAUCACCUACUACCUGAAGAGUAUUAUUUACUACCUGGUCCACUCUCCCAAACUGUCCACCUGGCUCAAGGACGCCACCAUCUACGAGGCGCUGCAAUCCUACACCAAGUGGCACCACAUAGAGCGAGACCCUCAGGUGUUCAGCGUCAAGAUAGAUGAGGAUUACGUGCACUGCCUGCAGGGUGUGACACGGGCCAGCUUCUGUAACGUUUACCUGGAGUGGAUCCAGUAUUGCGCUGGCAAGAUGGAGGCGCCUGUGGAAAGUGAUGAAGACUCUCCUCUGGUGACUCUGUCAUACGCCCUGUCCGUCCUGGGAAGAAGAUCGCUGGGCACUGCAUCGCACAACAUGUCCAACAGUUUGGAAUCCUUCCUGUACGGCUUCAACACGCUGUUCAAAGGCGAUUUCCGCAUUGCCACCAAAGACGAGUGGGUGUUUGCUGAUCUCGACCUCCUGCAGAAGGUCGUGGCCCCUGCCGUCAGAAUGAGCCUGAAGCUGCAUCAGGACCACUUCACUUGUCUGGAGGAAACCGAGGAGGCGUCCAUCUUGUACGAGGCCAUCACAAACUACCGCAGCAGCCUGGUCAUUUGCCACGAGAGCGACCCCGCCUGGCGCAAGGCGGUGCUGUCCAGCCGCGACACGCUGCUCACGCUGCGACACAUGGUGGAUGACGGCACGGAUGAGUACAAGAUCAUCAUGCUGUACAAACGCCACCUCAGCUUCAAGGUCAUCAAGAUUAACAAGGAAUGCGUACGAGGCCUGUGGGCGGGGCAGCAACAAGAGCUUGUCUUCCUACGGAACCGCAACCCAGAGCGAGGCAGCAUCCAGAACUCCAAGCAGGCGUUGAGGAACAUGGUCAACUCCUCAUGUGACCAGCCGCUAGGCUACCCCAUGUAUGUGUCACCGCUGACGACGUCAUACGCGGGAACACACCGGACGCUCCGCACCAUCGGAGGAGGGGCUUCGAGCUUGGAUGCCAUUCGUUCAUGGCUGUGCUCCAAAUGGCUCAGGGUGCGCAAGGACAACCUGAACAGCUGCAACAGCGGCGUCAACAUGGAGGACGGCGACUGCGGCGCAGGCGGCUCGUCGUCUCUGAGCCACAACCGGCCGUCAUCUGUCACCUCCAACAGUUUGAGCGUGUACCAGCAGAGAGCCCGGACCACCCGCAGCCACCGACACCACGGUUCAGCCAGGAGGGAGUAUCGUAGCAGGUCAGUGCAGCCUCAGACUCAGCGUCCACCGGUCAGCAGCCAAUCGGGACCCAUCCUGGACUCGGCGUCCAACCACGGCCUCGUCCAGCGUCUGUCCAACAGCCAGCUGUCUUUCAACACCUCCAUAGCUUCCAUUUUCUCGCAGGUCCCUCGUCUUUCGGGAGCGGGCGGGGUUAGCUCACAGCUCCAGGCAGCGCAACAUCAGCAGCGUUCCAGCCAGGUGUCCUCGUCCUCGUCCACACUCAGUCUGCUCUUUGGCAAGCGGAGCUUCUCCAGUGGUUUGGUCAUCUCGGGGCUGUCGGCCGCCGAGGGGGGCAACACCACCGACACGCAGUCCUCGUCCAGCGUCAACAUCGCCAUGGGACCCUCGCACCGGUCGGGCAGCAGGGCCACUCAGUGGACGUCUGAGCCGUACGAGAGCAUAGACGAAACCGUUCCCAACAACGCCACUGCGGUCGAUGAGCACUCAUGUGACCAGAGCUGCAGCCAGGGACUGGACAAAACACCGCCGGCGGACGCGGCGUCAACAACCGCCGAGGCGAGGGAUGAAAAGACUGUGUGAGAAAAAGGGAAAAGCGAGAGAACGCCGAUUUGUUGACACAUGCAGAGAGGACUGUACGCCACUCUGAGACACUUUCAUCUCCACGAGGAUGCUGCAAGGCAGCCGUCGCUCCUCAGCAUGUUCUCUCAAUGGAAGUCCUCACAGAGGAAAUUAAAAUGUGUUUGUAAAA